GGGAGUGAGAUUGAAAUGGGGGGCGGGUCCUCGCCUGGGAGGCGGUCCCGGAAUGCUCUCCUCCUCUCUGGGCUCAAGGAGAGAAACAACCGCGUCCUGGAGCUGGAGCUCGAAGCGACCAAGACGAGGGAAGACACUGAAGCCAUCCCUCCCUCCCUCCCCCAGGAAUUCUGGAAACACAGGGCUAUGGAUGCUUUCAACAGAAAUACAGCAGGCUCUGGGCGCAAGAUUCAAGCCAGAGUCCAGAAUGGGCCCCUGGAUUUAAUCGAGACAGGCAAAGGGCUGAAGGUGCAGACCGACAAGCCACACCUGGUGAGCCUGGGCAGUGGGAGACUGAGCACUGCCAUUACCCUCCUGCCCUUGGAGGAAGGAAGGACAGUGAUCGGCUCUGCUGCCAAGGAUAUCUCGCUCCAGGGUCCUGGCCUGGCGCCCGAGCACUGCUACAUUGAGAACCGACGAGGGACCCUGACCCUGUAUCCCUGUGGCAAUGCGUGCACCAUUGAUGGGCUCCCCGUCCAGCAGCCCACCCGCCUCACCCAGGGCUGCAUGUUGUGUCUGGGCCAAUCCACCUUCCUCCGAUUUAACCACCCAGCAGAAGCCAAGUGGAUGAAAAGCAUGAUCCCGUCUGGAGGUCGGGGUCCGGGAGCACCCUAUGCCCCUGCCCUAGCUGAGUCAGAGAGCCUGGUGAAUGGGAACCACCCCCCGCAGCCCCCCACCCGGAGUCAUGCUGCUUGCGCCAGCCACAGCUCCCUGGUGAGCUCCAUUGAGAAGGACCUGCAGGACAUCAUGGACUCUCUGGUGCUGGAGGAGCCGGGGGCCCCUGGCAAGAAGGUCCCUGCGAGCUCCCCCCUCUCCAAUGGUGGGCGCUACACACUCUCGCCACCCAUUAGCCCAGGGGCCAUGUCUGUGGGCUCCAGCUAUGAGAACACGUCUCCCCCCUUUUCUCCCCUCUCCUCGCCUGCCAGUAGUGGCAGCUGCGCCAGCCACUCACCUGGAGGACAGGAGCCGAGCCUGGCCGUGCCCCCCCUGGUCCCUGCCCGCUCCUCCAGCUACCAUCUGGCCUUACAGCCCCCACAGAUGCGGCCCAGUGCUGCUCGCCCAUCAGACAGCCCGCGGCUGGGCAGGAAGGGGCUGCACGAGGGGCCCCCCAGCCCAGGGCGGCGAGGUCUGCUGACCGACAGUCCCGCUGCGACCGUGCUGGCAGAGGCUCGCAAGGCCACGGAGAGCCCGCGGAUGGGGGUGUCGCUCCCCGUCGUGGCCAUCAGCCUGAGCGAAUACCCCGACGGCAGUGUGCGGAGCCAGUCCCCCGGCCUUCCUGGCAGUCCCAAGUACCAGCCUCCCAUCCCCGCCCCCCGGAGCAAGGCUGGCGCGCUCCAGGAGCGGCCCCCCAGCCCUUUCCGGGAGCUGCCCGGCCCUGAGCGAGCACUGACGGCCAGUCCCUCGCGCCAGCUGGUGGGAAGGACCUUCUCGGACGGGAUGGCCCCCCGCUCCCUGCAGCCACCAGAGAGUCCUCGCCUGGGCCGUCGGGGCGGUCCGGAGAGCAUGCGCGAGCUCCCGCCCCUGAGUCCAUCCCUGUCCCGGAGGGCCUCCCCACUGUCUCCUAUGCCCGCUCGUGCUGCGCCAGACACGAAGCUAGCCAGGGAAACGGCCGAGAGUCCCAGGACCCGCCGCUGGGCAGCACACACCUCCUCCUCGGAAGACUUCACGCUCCCCUUGGGCGGGAGGGGCCGCCGGACAAGGAGCCCCUCGCCCACACUCGGAGAGUCCCUGGCGCCCCGAAAGGGCAGCUUCAGUGGAGGACUGAGCCCGGCCUACAGCCUUGGCUCCUUAACUGGAGCCUCGCCCCGGCAGAGUCCUCGGGCCCAGAGGAAGCUCUCGAGUGGGGAGCUCCGGGUACCAGCGCCCCGGGAGAGAAAGAACAGCAUCACUGAAAUCAGCGACAACGAAGAUGACCUGCUGGAGUACCACCGGCGCCAGAGGCAGGAGCGGCUGCGGGAGCAGGAGAUGGAGCGGCUGGAACGCCAGCGUCUGGAGACCAUCCUCAACUUAUGUGCUGAGUACAGCCGGGCCGAUGGGGGCUCCGAGGGAGGGGAGCUGCCCAGCAUCGGCGAAGCGGCCAUGGCUUUGGCUCUGGCCGGCAGAAGGCCCUCCAGGAGCCUGCCUGGGGCAGCCGGGGGCCCCGGACGAGGCCCUGAGGAGCCCGGAGGGGCCGCGCAGAGGCUCUGGGAGAGCGUGGAGCGCUCUGACGAGGAGAACCUGAAGGAGGAGUGUAGCAGUACUGAAAGCACGCAGCAAGAGCACGAAGAUGCCCCGAGCCCCAAGCUCCAGAGCGAGCUGCUGGCCCUGGAGGAGGAGCGGGCGAAGGCGCUCGGGCGUGUGGAGCAGCUCAAGGGCAGAGUGAAGGAGCUGGAGCACCAGCUGCAGGAGUCGGCGAGAGAGGCCGAGAUGGAACGGGCGCUGCUGCAGGGGGAGCGGGAGGCAGAGCGGGCCCUGCUGCUGAAGGAGCAGAAGGCCGUGGACCAGGUGCAGGAGAAGCUGCUGGUGCUGGAGACGGGCAUGCAGAAGGAGAGGGACAAGGAGAGGGUGGAGCUGGCCGUGGGACGGAGUGAGCUGGAGGCCCGCCAGGCGCUGUAUGAUGAGCUCAAGACACAGCUCGAUAACUGCCCCGAGUCUGUUCGGGAACAGUUACAGGAGCAGCUGAGAAGGGAGGCUGAAGCUCUGGAGACAGAGACAAAACUCUUUGAAGACUUGGAAUUCCAACAGCUGGAGAAGGAAAGCCGUCUGGAGGAGGAGCGGGAGCUGGCUACCCAGGGGCUGCUCCACAACAGGGCAGAGCUGCAUCGGAGCAUUGCUAAGAGAAAGGAGCGCCUCGCGGUGCUGGAAAACCAGGCGGCUCAGAUCCGGGCCCAGGCUGUGCAGGACUCGGAGCGGCUGGCCCGGGACAAGAACUCCUCCCUGCAGCUGCUGCAGAAGGAGAAGGAGAAACUGGCCGCCCUGGAGAGACGGUACCAUGCGCUCACCGGGGGGAGGCCUUUCCCCAAGACAACGUCCGCGCUCAAAGAGAUGGAGAAGCUGUUACUUCCUGCCCUAGACUUAGAGCAGUGGUACCAGGAGCUCAUGACAGGGCCCGGGGCUGGCCCAUCUGCCUCCCCCCGCUCCUCCCCUCCACCUCUGCCCGCCAAAGCUUCCCGGCAGCUGCAGGUUUACCGUUCCAAGAUGGAGCCUGAGGCUGGCAGCCCCCUGCCUCGCACCCGCAGUGGGCCCAUCCCCUCCUCCUCCACUUCUUCAUCCUCUUCCUCUCAGCUGAGUGUUGCCACCCUGGGCCGAAGCCCCUCUCCCAAGAGUGCCCUUCCGCAGAACGGCACCGGGAGCCUGCCCCGUAACCUGGCAGCCACCCUGCAGGACAUCGAGACCAAGAGGCAGCUGGCCCUGCAGCAGAAGGGCCAGGCCCUGCCUGCAGAGCCCCUGCCUCUGGACGACACAGCAGGUAGAGCGGUGGGCACUGUGGGCCCUGCUUCUGGCCCAGGAUUUCCUCCUGGCAGCUGCAUGACAGCAGGGCAGCAGGUGAUCGAGGAGCAAAGGCGACGGCUGGCCGAGCUCAAGCAGAAGGCGGCGGUGGAGGCCCAGUGCCAGUGGGAGGCCCUGCACGGGGCAGCCCUCUACCCCCCAUCCCCCGCAGGCUUCCCCCCGCUCAUGCACCACUCCAUCCUGCAUCACCUGCCGGCCAGCCGGGACCGCGCCGAGGAGGGGGAGCACGCCUACGACACCCUGAGCCUGGAGAGCUCAGACAGCAUGGAGACCAGCAUCUCCACGGGGGGCAACUCCGCCUGCUCCCCCGACAACAUGUCCAGUGCCAGCGGAAUGGACAUGGGGAAGAUUGAGGAGAUGGAGAAGAUGCUGAAGGAAGCCCAUGCUGAAAAGAGUCGACUCAUAGAAUCCAGGGAAAGGGAGAUGGAGCUGCGGCGGCAGGCGCUGGAGGAGGAGCGCAGGAGACGGGAGCAGGUGGAGAGGCGGCUCCAGAGUGAGAGUGCCCGGAGGCAGCAGUUGGUGGAGAAGGAGGUCAAGCUGCGGGAAAAGCACUUCUCCCAGGCUCGGCCCCUAACCCGAUACCUGCCCAUCCGGAAGGAGGAUUUUGAUUUGAAGACGCACAUUGAAUCAUCAGGCCAUGGUGUGGAUACCUGCUUACAUGUUGUGCUGAGCAGUAAGGUCUGUCGGGGUUAUCUGGUCAAGAUGGGUGGCAAGAUAAAAUCGUGGAAGAAGCGUUGGUUUGUUUUUGACCGGCUCAAGCGCACCCUUUCCUAUUAUGCUGACAAACAUGAAACUAAGCUCAAGGGCGUCAUCUAUUUCCAGGCCAUUGAGGAAGUUUACUAUGACCACCUUCGAAGUGCCGCCAAGAGGAGAUUUUUCAACUUCAGCCUGGUGACUGAGAGUCCCAACCCGGCCCUAACCUUCUGUGUCAAGACCCACGACCGCUUGUACUAUAUGGUGGCACCCUCCCCGGAGGCCAUGCGCAUCUGGAUGGACGUCAUUGUCACUGGGGCUGAGGGCUACACCCAGUUCAUGAACUGACCCGAGAUUGUUUUCCAGGGAAGAGAGGAGCUCAGCCCCACUUCCGGGAAGAAGGUAGUGCUGUCGCGGUGGGAAGAACCAUCGAGGGGAACGAAAUGUGCCCCCUGCCAGCCGCCCGCGUCCUACCCCCCUCGGCUCAGGACUGUGGCAGGGAAGACCAGGCUCCCAGCCACGCUGGUUCCAGCCCUUUAGGCCUUAACACUAAUCCCUCCUCUCCUGUCCAGACUUCCUUCCCUCCCUGCCUUCCCUCCCCUUCGGCCAGAGGCCCGAGUUAGGCCCCGGCUGGGGUUGAUUGUUGUUGUUUUUUUUCCAGUAUUUGUAAGCAGUUCAACAAAAACAAUAAAGCAUUUGAAAUAAUGGGCUUGGAGGGCCUGCUUUGGGGAGAGGGGAGAACAGCGACUACGGAGGUCACUUAGGAAUAGCUUAGGGCCCCUUUGUGGGCUCUCGGGUGCCGAUGCCCCCAGUCCGGGGCCUCUCU